GUCUGGAGCUUCUGCAUUGCGCUUACAAAGCCUUGAGCGGUCCAAGAGGUUUUUCUCCAAUCCAUCGGGCUUUAGAGUGUGCUGAUGGGAUACAUGUGCUCUUUAAAAGUGAAUCACCGAGGAGAUUCAUCUUUACUUUUAUCACCAGAAGCGAGUGUCACCGAAAGUAAAACAAUCCUAUGAGAUGAGAAAAAGAGGAGCGAUUUGAACUUCCAACGAAAACGAAAAGCGUUGUCAACAAUCUCCGGCAGAAAGCUGCGCCCUCCUUCCCAAGCGGAGUUCGUGUGUGCCUUUAAAAGUGUGGAUUGAUGGUUUAAUAUCUGCGAGACUGGCACAGCCUCCUGGGUGUGUGCGUGUGUUCCAUGGGGGGUGUCGAGGCAAUGGAGUAAAACGUGCGCUCUCUCUUCACGUCCGCGUCCGUCUUCUCCUGCAGUCGACUUCGCGGUCGCAUUUGGAUUCUUAAUUAAUUAAAGGUUACAGAAAGAAAAGAAAAAUACAUCUUAACGUGAUUCUAAAUAGGAAUAUUACUACUGUUUUCCUUCGAAUAGUCAAGGUGCUGUUUGGACGAAUGUCUCGUUGCUUUCAUUGGCGUCCAUAGAGGAUCGAUAUCUCUUUCUUAAUUAUUUUUGAUAAAUUCCGACUCGAUUUCUUCUCCUCGUUGGAUUGGUCAUGGGCUGUGCGCUCUCUGGGACUGGAGUGAAUCUGAGUAAAGCUGCGCCAGAAUCGAAUGCAGCAGGAGUAGCUGGUAGUCACUGCGAUUCAGAACCCGCACUCGUCUCCGGGACCGAGUCUGAAAGCGUGGACGGGACGAUGGCUCGUUCCAAACAGGAACCUUUCCCCUUGUCGGAGGCUCAGAAGGAGCUGAUCCGGGAAUCCUGGACAAUAUUACACCAAGAUAUAGCCCGAGUCGGAAUCAUCAUGUUUAUACGGCUCUUUGAGACUCAUCCUGAGUGUAAAGACGUCUUCUUCAUCUUUCGUGAGAUUGAUGAUCUGCAGGAGCUGAAGAUGAGCAAGGAACUCCAAGCACAUGGCCUGAGGGUGAUGUCCUUCAUUGAGAAGAGUGUGGCGAGGCUGUCCCAAGAAGACAAACUGGAGCAGAUUGCUUUUGAUCUGGGAAGAAGUCAUUGCCGUUACAAUGCUCCACCUAAAUACUAUGAGUAUGUUGGGGUUCAGUUCAUCAGUGCAGUAAAACCCAUUCUGCGGGACCACUGGACACAAGAUGUGGAGGAGGCCUGGGAGAGUUUGUUUUCCUACUUAACACGAGUGAUGAAAAGGGGUUACUAUGAGGAAGAGAAGAAGAACGGUGUGAACAAAACCAACUACCAAAAAAAGCAAGUCACCAUGCGGCCUGACAGCAGCACUACACAGAACAACGUCCGUCUGUGAGGUCCAGUGAAGACAUGACAUCAUAUAUGUGUGUCAGUGGGGUGGGGGAUUAGGGAAUGGGUUAUGUUUUUAUCACUUGCAUUUUGUGGGUCUUGGACAGAUGGGUAAUGUUGACCAUUAGUCCUUAGAUGUUGGGUGACACCCCUGAAUCACCAGACUGUACCAAUGAACUGCAGUUCCAGUUUAUGGUGUGAGGUUACCAAAAGUGCACAGCCUAGGCUUAAAUGAAGACAUAAGUGGUCUCUCUAAGGUAAACAGACUUUCCGUAGAUUGUACUCCUUUAUAUGGUUCCUUUCAAAGAAGGGACAUCAGCACAAAACUAACACUAUAGUCAAAAAUGGAGACCACAUAGAAAUGAGAAGGAAAUGUCCAUCCGUCCAUUUUAUGUCAUGGUGUGUUUAAAGCAGUGGAAGCUGAAGACUAUCUGGAUACAGUAGCAUGAGACACAAGGCAAGAACCAACCCAAGAUGAGACACAAGACCUUUGUGAUUAAGGAAGGUGUUAAUAGUCAUGUGCAAAAGUAUGUACCCCCUUUUCUAUGACUUUACAAAUUAGGACAUAACUAAUAAUCAUCUAGUCUUCAAUAUGGUCCACAAGUAGAGCAAAUCAAAACUUAGAUAACAAAUACAGAGAAUAAAUUAUAUUUUGGAACUUUUCAUUAGUCAAUUCUCAGUAAAAUUACAGAAGGGAAAAGGUGAUGUACUUUCACUUCUACAUGACUGUAUUUUGUAUUUAAAAUUUCAACAUCAUAAGACCAUCAGAAAUUUUACAAACUAGAGAUAACUAACCAGACCGUUUAACUCAUUAGUAUCAUGGUCAUUUUAGGUCACCUCUUUCUCCUCCUGACUCGAUCUCUGUCCUCUGACAAGAUACUCAUCCCCAUCAGACCUCCAUCCACUUUCCACCAUCUGAGAACACUCCAUCCUCCCUCUUAUCUCCGACCUUCAUCAAAAUCUAUCACCCCCGUCCUACCUCUGAUACAAAAAUGAGAAAAAUACUAGUGGCCAUCAUUUUUACAAUUGGACCAUCCUUACAAUGCAGAAAAUGCAUCUGUCGAUCCUCAUUAAAUUGUCCGCAUUCUCUCUAGAUGUUUACGUCGUUGGCAAACAAUCCAGUUUUGUGUACUUCCAUUCUAAUGAUUAGCAGGUAGUAAAAAGUUGGGUUAAUUAACCACCUACCUUGUAAAAAUGAUUGGCAGCUUCUUCUCCUCCCUCUGAAGCCUUUCCCUUCAGUUCUACUAGGUGUCCUCAAGUU